AUGGCUUCUGGAUACCGCGCCGCCCAGUCGUACUGGGGAUUCUUAUCGGCGCGAGGCCCAAGUGGAGUCACUGGUGACGAUUUAUUCAAGACACUUGUUGCAAUCGGUAUCUUUCGAUGCCCCCAUUAUGUGGUUGUGUCGUCUGAAGCCUACAACAAGCUGCUACCUCCGCGUCCCAACCUAAACCAGGAGUCACGCCUGUUGUCUCGCCGUCCUCAGACUCGGACGUUCGUAAAACCAGAUCUGGAAGAGGCGUAUCACAGAACAAGGGACCAAGACCGCCCAAGAAAUGAGCUGCAUUGCUACCCGCCUUCCCGGCGAUUGCUUACCCUCCCACAGGCAUCGGCAGUUUGUGCUUUGACUAGAAUAUAG